CGCGUCCCAGACAACUCGGCCAGUUGAUAUAAUGCCAACGCCGCAGAAGGGGUGGGUGUCCCGACUCGGCUGGCCCAGCGUGUGAGCGUCGUCGAACGGUCUUGCAUGCUUUGACUGCGUUGGCCAUCCUUGGACGAACGUUAUACAGGCAGAGGAGAGUGAGGGAGGGAGGGGCGUUAUCCAGGAUUCAUCCCAGCGUUUCGUCCCUAUGCGCCGCCUGUUGGGAGACUUUAUGACGUCCUGACGUGACCCGCGAUCAAAGGUUUCUCAGCUGAGUGCCCGUUGAGAGCAUAUUAAGGGCGAGGUAGAACCCUCGGUAACAUUCGAGGAUCAAUGGCUUGAAGCUGCAUCAACAUCCUUCGGACUCCUGUACUUAACCCAUCUCUAAGACGAGUCCCAAAAACGCGAAAGGAAAAACACACCAAAUACCAUAACCUAGACGCUCAAAUAGUAAUAGUACGACAAAAUGCUCGGCAUCGGCGGCCGGAUAUCCGCGAUUAUCCCCAUCAUCGCUUCGACUGUCGCCGUCGCGCUGUCCAUCGUUAUGUUGGCGGCCGGGACACAGCCAAGCAAUGCGGGCGAUAACUUUUGGCUAUCGAUGAACACGUCGAAAGUCGGCCAAGACAUCAUCAAAGUCCAGGCGGCGAACAACACCAACGGGAAUGGAGGCGGCGGCGGCGGCGGCGGCGGCCUCAUACCCGGCAUUACCGACCCGACGGGCAUCACCCAGGGGAUCGGUAACGCCGUCGGGGGGCUGCUCGGGAACAUCACCAACUCCAUCGGCGAAGGCGUGCAGGAUAUUCAGGGUCAGCUCGUCGGUAACCUGACCCAGCUCCUUGGCGUCAAGGACAACUACCGCCUCUACCUGACCAAGAUCUGCGAAGCCACUUAUGCAGACGACAACAACCCCAAGAGCAAGGUCACCAUCGAUAACUGCAAGACCUACGAUGACAAGACGUCCGGCCUGAGAAACAUCACCGACAACAUCCCGUCGUCCUUCGUCCUCGGCACCGCCAACGUUUCCGUGCCGCUCGUCGCCGCUCUGGCCGGCACCUUGAACCAAGUCGGCGGCCUGGGCAGCGGCGGCGCCAAGGCCCUGACGGCCUUCCUUGCCAUCGGCACCACCUGCGUUGGAAUCGUCCUUCUGGCGACGCUGCCCAUCCUCCUCUUCGGCUUCGUCCGCGCCCUCGUUCUUGUGUCGCUCGUCUUCUCGCUGCUCGCUUCCAUCACCCUCCCGACGUUCGCCGUGAUCCUGACCGCGCUCGUCUAUGGCGCCAGGAACAUGCUAAACAAGACGAUGGACGCGUUUGGCAUCCAAAUCCAGGCGGGCGGGUCUUUUAUCGCCAUGGCCUGGGUCGCGGCCGUGGCCUCGAUGGCCGCCGCGACGUACUGGUUCAUGGUCUGGUUCGUCAGCUUCAGGCGCACGGCCUUUAGCAGGCGCAAGCGCACCGAGAACGAGAUCGGCAACUGGAGGGGCAUCUUCCGUGAGGUCAAGGGAGACCUGAAGACGUGGGAGGGAGGUGAGAAAUAAGGUAUCCGAGCGAACGUUAGCCCGCACAUCUGUUGUAAUGGGAAAUGUUGGAACAUACAUUCUCACGAUAUGAUGAACAGUAUAUAUUGGGAAAGUCUUUGAACAGCAAAAGACAGGUUGGGCGAUAGUGGAGUGAUUUCCAGGUAGCGUGGGUUUAUUUUGAAUUUUGGAUACGAUAUUGUGUUGCAAUGAGCACAUGGUCAAGUGCUAUUUGUAUAAAGGUACCCUUUGUAAUGUAUUGUUGGUGUUGUAUCCGAGAACAUGUAUACAGAUCAUUGCAACGGCGGUUGGUCUAAGUAGCUGUGAUGCUUGAAAAGAAAUGUCAAAGUUCGACCUCGGUUGAGUCAACGCAAAUGUCAACGGCAACA